AGAAGCAGUCAUCAUUUCUCCCUGACACUCAUUUGUCUCAGGCUGCACCAAUGGAGUCUCUCUCAGUGUCAACCAACAGCUUCACUCUGGACCUUUACAAAAAGCUGAAUGAAACAUCCAAAGGCCAAAACAUUUUCUUUUCUCCUUGGAGUAUUGCAACUGCUCUCGCCAUGGUCUACCUGGGUGCAAAAGGUGACACUGCAACCCAAAUGGCUGAGGUACUUCAUUUUAACCAGACUGCAGGAGAAGAAGAAGGUUCAUCAACAACAGCAAGACCUUCUCAGGGGAGACCGAAGAAAAGAAAGAUGGAUCCUGAGCACAAGCAAGAUGAAAACAUCCACUCUGGCUUCAAACAACUCCUGGCUGAGUUCAGCAAACACCGAGGCACCUACUUGCUGAAGACUGCCAACCGACUGUAUGAGGAAAAGACCUACCCAUUGCUGCCUAAUUUCUUACAGCUCGUUACAAGUUAUUACAAUGCAAAGCCACAAGCUGUAAACUUUAAGACAGCUGCAGAACAAGCCAGAGCACUCAUCAACUCAUGGGUUGGAAACAAAACUGAGAGGAAAAUCCAGGAUCUGCUGCCUGCAGGAUCUGUCAAUACUCACACUGUGUUGGUCUUAGUAAAUGCCAUUUAUUUCAAAGGAAACUGGGAAAAGAAAUUUCUGGAGAAAAAUACUUCUGAGAAACCCUUCAGAUUGAGCAAGACCAAGACUAAACCAGUACAGAUGAUGUUUCUGAGAGAUGCAUUUUUGAUACUCCAUGAAAAAACAAUGAAAUUUAAAAUCAUUGAGCUUCCCUAUGUGAAAAAUGAACUCAGCAUGUUUGUUCUUCUACCAGAUGACAUCAAUGAUAACUCUACUGGUUUGGAGCUGGUGGAAAGACAGCUGACUCAUGAGAAACUGUCUGAAUGGACCAAACCAGCCAACAUGAUGAAAGCUGAAGUGGAUUUGUACCUGCCCAAGUUGAAGCUGGAAGAGAAUUAUGACCUUAAAUCCACUUUGAGCAGCAUGGGGAUACAGAGUGCUUUUGACCCAGUACAGGCUGAUUUCACAGGGAUGUCAGUGAGAAAGGAUCUUUUCAUCUCAAAAGUUAUUCACAAAGCUUUUGUGGAAGUCAAUGAAGAAGGUACUGAGGCAGCAGCUGCCACAGGUGCCCUGGUGAUGAAAUCAAAAGCACCAAAAGUGACAUUUAAAGCUGACCACCCUUUUCUCUUCUUCAUCAGACACAACAAAUCACAAACCAUUCUCUUCUUUGGCAGGCUCUGCUCACCCUAGUCAGAGUUAUUCUUUGCCCUGCAGAGCAGGAGAUGCUUGCUUGCCAGCACAGAGGAAAACACCAAAACCUCAAACUCUCGCUGUAACUCAAGGCAUAGGGGCUGGAAACUUUUCUCCAUCAGACCACACACCCCAGGGACUCAGGCACAGUGCCAGGGAAUUUGCCUCUCUCCUACUCUGAAAGCACAAGGGCAAUGCACAACGCCUUGCACACUGGUUUUGUUUCAGAUCGGGACAUCAAAGGACAGCUCUGUCCUAACCACUAUUAACUAUGGUAUUUUUGACCCCCUUCGACCUCCACUGGCAUGUACAAACAUAAUGCUAAUACUGGCCCUCUCCUCAUCCUCAUGUCUAGAACCCGUGGUCCACAUGUGGUCUUAACAAUUACGCUCAGCUGCAGUAGAUAGACCCAGAUUCCCUCUGGGCCUUGAUUAGGCAGGUCCUGCAAUUACAGCUGGAGGCCAGUCCUCCCUGCCCAAGGCUGACAGCCAUCCCAUUGCCUUCCUUCCACAUCCCAGCUGUAAGUCUUCAUCAGCUCCCAGUGUAACCUCCAAUUAGCUUCACAUGUCAUGCCACAGAUUCUCUUUUUAUAAUAUAUCUAUUGAAAAAGACACCUCUGUAAAGGCAAUUUGCCUCACUCAGACCCUCAGGUAUAUAAGAGGCUGCAUCUGUAUGGUGUCUGGCUGCAGCAAUAGCUCCUUGUUAUUCCAAACAACCCUUGCUUCAAACAUAGCAACAACCCCACAUGGACUGAGGCUGUGGUGCGAGAGAGAGGCAGAGGUGAAAAAUCAGGGGCUGGAGCUGAUAGCAAAGAUACAGAGAACAGAAGAGGAGAUCAUCUUUGUGUAACUUUAUAGAGACAACAUAAGUAAGCCUCCAGGAAGAGCAGACCUCCUUAAUGUAGUAAAUCACAAAUGAGAUCAGCGAGUGUGCGUGCUGAAGGGCAAUUCGUGUGCCAAGCAGUGCCGAGCAUCUCGCUUCCGUUGACUCAGUUAGAAAAGCAGAAACUGCCAAGUUGUGAGUUGUGACCAUAUACGGGCAAACUGAGACAAAUCUAGCACAAAACCAUUACCAGAGACUUUCCCCCACAUUCAGUGUGUUUGCGUGGAGGCCGUUGCGCAAUACACCAGCAACAGAUGCAUUAAAUGUAUGGGAAUAUGCAUUUUCUUCACGUAUGUUGUAAGUGGGUUUUUGUCCUUUGCUGUGCACGGGAGGAGGAGAGAUCCCCCCCACACUCAGUGCUGUAAUAAACCAGCGUCGGCUUUCUAAACCUUCA